AACUCGCUGCUUGCCACUCACCUGAGCACUGUCCCUCAUCAUCCCUUCAGCUGCGCAUGAGGAUGGACAGUUGAACUUGAUUCAGGAAGAAAUAAAACCUCUCAAAGAUGGGGCCGAAGAUGAUCCUUGGAUGGAUUUGUUCUUUGACUCUCAUAGUCAACCUCUCAAUUGGCUUCUUUGCAACACCUGUGAAUACUUAUGAGUGUCGCGUAGAUAUCCCUGUUGAACAGAAAACAUGUGACAGAAAUAACAGCUUUGUGUUGGAAUCGGAACUACUCUCUGGGAACAUCAAUGAUUUCUGUAAUUAUACAGUCUCGCAGUACGCAUGCGCUCAGUGCAAUGUAUUGGCGCAGCUGACGAAUGAGAACUUGACCUCGAUCUUCGAAUGUUUUGUCGUCACGAGACCUGUCGAUAUCUCUGAUCUGAAUGCCACCACCUUGUUCAUGCAGAAGGUCAGCCUGCCAAAGCUGGAGAUCUUGCUGAAGGAAUUCAACAGGAAGAUUAACGACACAUUGACAAUUCCAUUGAUGGCAAAAGAAACAAUUUUACAAGCUAUCUGGGAGAGAUAUAAAACGGACCCGAAGAUAAACAUUACCACCUUUAUGGAUGCCUUCUCGCAGCUUCUGACACCAUUUAUUGCUGGCAUCUCCCAACCGAUUCUGGAUUCACUUCAGUACUCGGACAUAAUGUGUGAAAACUUCAAAGCAAUAGUGCAUGGAGUUGGUGCAGGCCUGACAGAGAUGGAUUAUCGUAUAAAGAAAUCACUGGAGAAAUGGAUCGUUGGUUACAUUAAUGCUACAGGUCUGGACUGCAUCGCCAAUAUCAGUGAAUCCAACGAAUGGCUUUUGAAAAAUUGGGAAUUCAUCAAUGGUCUCAUCUUCCCUGAAAAUCUUACAAGCGCAAAUUCUGGUGACGUCAGUACAGCUGUCGUUCAAAAUGAGACGGUGAAGGACGUAUUGCUCACCUGUAUCAUGGGCUCUCUGAAACCCUUGUUUCCAGUGUUCACCCCACUUAACUUCUCCCAAUGGUUUCAAGUCAAGCUACCGGCAGUGUUACCAGCUAUAACAGGGCCUGAGCUGACCACCAUACCGACCAACAUAACAUGUGAAUCUUAUCAAGCCAUAGUGAAAGGAUUUGACACUGCGUUGUCAAGCUUUACACCGCUCCAGUUUUCACAACUCUUCAACUUUAGUAGAAACAUCCUGAACUCCCAACUUAGUUCAUCAGGUAGUGCCUGCGCAAGCAACAUGACGGAUAGCCGUGAAUGGAUGGAGAAGAAUUUUUUGAAAUCCAUGCAAGGCUUGAAUUUAAGCGACCUCUUCGCUCUGAACCCACACUUUUCUGGGUUUGAAGUGUUGGACCUCCUCACUCCACAACUACUUGCUGACUUGACUGUGAGCCCACAAGCAUGGUUCAACGUGGACAGGAUCGAUCAGAUCUUUGAUACCCUCACCGAUCGAAACUUCAGCGACCUACUUACCUAUUUCACACAUUUUAAUUACGAUACACGCAUGAUGAACAUCACAACUUUUGCUAACACUACAGUGAGGGAUCGGAUGCUAUACAAGACCAUAGGGCUGUUGCAACCCUUGUUUUCAUCAUUUAAUGCUUCUGACUUCGCAAAGUGGUUUCAGGACAGUUUAAUUAUGUUGUUGCCCAGUAUUACAGGAAGCAAUCUUGGAGCAAUACCCACCAGCAUAUCCUGCGAAUCUUACCGAGCAAUAAUCCAAGGCCUGGAUAAUUUCUACCCAAAUUUUUCGAAGUCACAACUCCAUGAUGUUUACAACUUUAGUAGAACUUUUUUGAAUUUGCAAUCUGUCUCACAUGGAAUUGGAUCAGUUCCCUGUACUGAUAACACAACUGGACUUCGUGACUGGUUACAAAAAAACUUCCUGAAAUUCGUGGCAGAAAUCACCUUCUCAGACAUGCCAUUUAUAAACACACAAUAUUAUCUGUUCGAAAUAUUGGAUCUGCUCAGCAUACCAGAACUCUCUGGACUGACUGUGGAAUCAUUGAAUCAUACUUCACGCAUCAACCAGAUCAUUGACAUCCUGAGAAAUAGAACCUACGGUGACUUGAUCGGAUAUGUUACCCAAUUUAUCAACGACACGAGAGCGAGGAACAUUACUGCCAUUCAACCAUUCUCAACAAGUCGGGCAAUGUUGACAGGGAUUAUAUCGCAGCUCAGAUCGUAUUUUACAACUUUUGAUGGUGCAGAGUUUGCUGAGUGGUUCCAAGACAGGCUGCAGCUGCUGCUGCCUGCAAUUGACUACAAGUUGUUGGAGUUGAUACCCACGGAUAUACCCUGUGAAUCCUACCAGGCAAUAAUGAAAGGACUGGAUAAUGUGUACCUACAUUUUACCCCGACACAGAAUCAUGAUAUUUACACUUUCAGUAAACGUUUCCUAAGUUACCAGCAUAGUUUAUCAGGUUCUGUAGGCAUCGCUUGUGCCGAAAACUCGAAGGGAACCCUUGAAUGGAUCAUCAAAAACGUCUUUAGAUUCUUGUCAGAAUUUCAAUUACAUGACUUCACAGAUCUGAAUAAGAACUUCUCAGCUUUUGACGUGCUGGAGUUGCUCAGCGCAAAGCAGUUGGCCGAACUGACUGUGAGCUCCGACGUGUUGAAUAACACCGGCAAAAUCACCCAGAUUCUCAACGUAUUCAUCAGCAGAGAUUUCAGUUCGUUGGUCGUCUACCUCAACCAAUUUGUCCAUGAAGCACAAGAGGCGGGCAUCACGACAAUUCAAAACCCAGUGGUGAGGAGCUUAAUGCUGAGCAGAAUCUUUCAGCAGCUGAGACCACAAUUUCUACUGUUUGACGCAAGCGAUUUCAUUGACUGGUUUCAGAAUAAAUUAACUUUGCUGCUCUCCAGUAUAACUCGCAAUGAGCUCGACACAAUCCCCACCAACAUAACCUGCGAAUCUUACCAAGCAAUAGUGAAAGGACUGGAAAAUGUACAUUCCAAUUUAUCAAUGGCACAACAAGACGACAUCUCCAAUUUUAUCAAAAAACAUUUGGUUUACCGGUUUGAUUCACCAGCAUGCACUGCCAAUACUAAUGGAAGUAUAUCGUGGCUCCUGAUUAACUUUGGCAGAUUCCGGUCGCUUUUCACCAUUAGAGAAUUCCUAUCUCUGAACAAGGACUUCGUUGGCGUCAUUGCCAGAGAAUUAUUGACGAUUACUCAACUGGGACAAUUGGCCGGUACAAAUGGAACUCUGCGAGAUAUUGAUGAGGUGCAGAAAAUUCUCAGUGUCAUCACAAGUGAUACCGUUACCGAGUUUGUCGAAGCAUUCAGAGCUGCCGUUAAUCAGAGCCAAGUGACGUUCCCUCCUGGUGUCGGCGCAGAGUUGUUGGAAAAGGUGUUGGAGCUUUCUCAAUCGGCCCUUUCAAAUGCCAGCAGUGCUGAGCUCUGGGUGUGGUUCGGCUCGAGGUUACAAGUACUGCUGCCCAGCCUCACUGAAGAACUCGUGCCUUUGGUCUUUGUCUCCAAGAGCUGCAAGAGCUUUGAUGUCAUUGUUACAAUACUGAGCUCAAUAAAGAGGAAGCUGGAUAACGGUGUUCAAGAGGCUAUAUAUGAAAAUAUAUUAGCUUAUGAUAAAGCAUUCCCUCUCCUCUGCUAUGAGAACACCAGCUUUGUUUUUUAUCUCUACGACCAUUACCAAAAUUAUUCUGAAUUUCUAACCCUGAAGGAUACGUUCCUGCAGAUUCCUUCGAAUCGCCUUGCUGAGGUGUUGAGAACCAUCGAUCCCAUUGAUUUUGCUGAUCUGUUGAGCAGGCCUGAAUUCAUUGAUGACGACAAGAUUCUGAUCACAGUGUUAUCCCGUUAUCUAUCCAGACAGAAUGUGGAUACAUUCGUCGAUAAUUUCAACAUAAAGACCCGAGACAGUCCUCUGACGGGUGAGAAUCGAGCUGCGCUCAUACAGGUUUUUUGGACGUAUUUUGCCACGGUUGUCCUGCCUGAAAACAAUGACACAGAGGUGGAGAAGUGGCUUAAUGUCAGGCUGCAGCCGUACCUACCGUUCAUCACCACCGACCUCCUCGUGUCCAACAUCACCCUGGGAAUCGAGUGCCUUCCCUACAGGAAAAUUGUUCAAACAUUUGUUGGCCGCUAUGCUGACCUCUGCACAAUUAGACGGAAAGAAAUCUACAAUGGCAUCAGAGUUUAUCUACAAAAAGGUUCCAAACCAAAAUGCUAUGUUGCAAAUGAUACAGCCCUGAACUCCACUGCAUGGUUUGUUAACUACCUGGGACUAUUUAUGAAUCAAAUGUCUCUUGUUGAUCUUCGGUCCUUCUUUGAUAAUGAAGCACAGAUUCAAGAGUUUACAGCCAACCUUGAAAACCAGGCUCUCUUAGAAAGUCUGACAUUGUCCACUGAAGUGUCAAAGUUCUUCAUUAACUUGCUGGCGAAGAAUAAUUCCGUUUUUAAUGCUUCAAGUUUGCCAAGCUCCUUGGUUUGUUUCAUUUACGGUACUGAUGUACUCACAUCCCUGAACGUGGAGCAAACUCUGGCCUUAAUCGGAAGAGUGAAUGAUGUUUGUGGGCUGAGCACUUCACCCAACAGAACUGCUGAUACAACGAUUCUGGCAGAGGAACAACGGAAGCUCUCAAUACUUCUCGUGAGCAAGUUUGACAACUUCACAGUCAGCACUCUGACUAGUUUUGGACAAACAGCAGUUGGACUGUCAUUCUCACAGAUUAGUAGCAUUGAAGGGAACAAUCUCCAGGAAGCUCUGCCAAGCCUGAGUAAAGUUAAAGGCUGGAAUAUGGGCCAGGCUAAAAUCAUCGUGGACAAGUUACUCAAACAGGACUUCCAGGUCAACAACACACAGAAUCUGCUGAGACUGGGCAGCUUGGUGUCAGGCAUUCCAACCAGGGUGUUCGCACAGAUUAAUCCAGAGGUGUUCAAAGAGCUAAUCACUGAAGUGACGUUUGUGGAGAACAUUGGGGCAGCACCGCAACCGAUAAGAUUGAUUUGUGUUCUGCAGGUGCUGAGGAGCGAGAAAGAUCCUCAAACGAUAGUGAAGAAAAUCCCGUCUGUUUUAGCCAAGGAAAUCCCUCCUGCGCUGUUAAAUUCAGACCUAAUUCUUGAAGAUGUGAACGACAAGCAGUGGGUUCCCAGUCAGUCUGCCGUGUUCUUUGAAAGAACUGUCCAAAUCAAUACCAAUUAUGACAUAUUCUCACCCUCUGUCCUGCAAGGCUUCAGCUGCGGUGCGGUGAAGACACUGAAUUCCACUUCAUUUAUCCGACUUGUUCAAACAAUGAAGGAGAAAAGGGUUGUGCUUGAUGAAAGUCAGCUGAGAUGUAUAUAUUUCAGACAAAAUUCUGAAAAGACACCAGUUGCCAUAGAUGCAUUGCCUCCUGAUGUUUUGCUAUAUUUCAACUCUGCAAACUUCAGAAAAUCUCAAAACUGCGAGGCAUUCUUCAAAGCUGUUGGAAAAGCAAACAUUAAUAUCUUACCGAAAGGUUCAACUAGAAGGCAAAAUCUGUUGGCUAAUGCCCUGACAUGUUUGGAAGUUACAGGCAAUGAUCUCUCAAGGAAGAGUGUGACAGUACUGGGUGGAUUGGUCUGUGAUCUCUCAGCCUCAGUAAUCCUGGAAUCUGAUAUUUCCAUUCUGGAUCAAUUAAAGAAUUGUAUUUCAUACUCGGAAAGUCAAAAGACUGCAAUCGAAGCAGUACUGCAGAGUGGAAAAACCAGAUACAGUGCCCCUUCAUCAUGGUCAUCAACCACAAUAUACGAAUUAGGAAAUUUGCCUUUGACUUUGACUAGCACUUGGAGAGAAGUAAAUCCGAACGUCGUUAAUGAAGCACUCCCAAGAUUUACCAAGAAAAUGAAAGCAUUGAUACCACCGAGUGAUGUGCUGGCAUUCAUUGAUGUCAUUUAUCGGCAGCUGUAUUUACAAAAGGCAUCAAAUGCCGCAACAAACUGUACAUUGGGGCAGAUAACAGCAGGAGACAUUAAUGAUUUGACACCAGCCAUUUACGAUGCAAACCAGCUAAACCUUUGUUUGAGUGAUCGUGUGUUGGACAAUAACGUCCUUCAACUGGGGUCUCUAUCCUGUAAUCCCUCUCAGCUGGAGGUUCUGAAAAACAGACUGCUGCAGAUUUUCCCCAAUGGGUUGCCAGAAGACAGGAUUCAACUUCUGGGGAACAUUUCCACAGUGUUUAAUGCAACGGACGUGAAUAAUUGGAAUAUCAGUGAUGUUGAUACUCUUUCUGAACUACUGAAGCCACAACUACAAAAUACAUUGGUUGUAUCCAUCAUAACAAGAUAUCUGCAGUUAGGUGGAAGCUUAAAUGCUGUUGCUUUGAAAGCUAUUGGUGGAGUAAACUUGUGCUUUCUGAAUGAAAGCCAGUUCAUAAUUUCAAACCUAACGGAUGCUGGAGCACUGGACCUCUCUACUUGCACACAGUCAUCAAAAGAUUUCCUUUACAUCGAAGCAUUCUCCGUACUUGGAUCUCAACAAGGGGACCCAAUCCCUUACUUCAACCUCAUAAAAGCAUACAUAGGUGGAAUUCCUCUGGGUGAUCUGGAAGCUCUUGCAAACAGAGAAGUGGAAAUGGAUAUUGCAACCUUUACAAGUCUGAAUCCCCAAGUAGUAAAGCACCUGACUGCCCAAAAUCUGAUCAAUUUGCUUGGGUACAACGUUCAAGCUCUUCCAAGUGCAGUCAAUGAAACUGUGUUAGUGGUCUGGGUGAAUUCACACUUUGAAUCUGAAGUCAGUCGGCUGGGUCUGUCAGGAGGGUCUCCAGAUCCUACACGAGGCAUGUAUCUCCCUUAAAAGAAUGGCAAUGCUUUGCACAAAUAUACAAAAAUAUUCUUUUAAGCAUGCAAAACAUCUAUUGGUAGUUGUUGUGUACUUAUAGUCAAAUUUUCUUUGGGUAACAUGACUGCCUGUUGUAUUGUUAGUUUCUUUCUCUUCUGAUUUUUUUUCUUUU